AUGGGUCGAACACUACGCAUUACAGACUUCUACGAAUGCAAACCUAUACCAUCUCAAGUUGCCCAGUUUCACCGACAGCUCUUGUCAUGGGCGAUAAUAGAGCUCAGCUCCGAUCCUAAGACCUUGGCGAAGGCGAUGAGGUCGCCGAUUUUGAUCAGCGCUCUCAACGGUCUCCGCCCUGGCUACCGAGGAAUGCAGCUAAAAACGUAUGAAGACGUCAAAAGACUCAUGGAAGACAUCUACCAGGAACUGAAGUUCCAGUCGAUCACCUACAUUCUCACUUCCGCUUGUGUAUGUUCCAGUGGCAAUGAGAGCGUUCAUGCGUUUGGAUCAAUCAUCCAUGUCCGUAAAACCCCAGCGCUGGACCUCACUAAGGUGUGCUCGGAGGCUCAGAAGGCGAAAUCAUCGUUCAAGGUUCUCCCUAAUACUCUGCCCCCGGCAAUUGUGGUGAAGAAGGUUCUCGAUCAACCGUUUGCUUACUAUGAUUUGGGUGAGUUCAUGUUCCCGAGCCAUGUUUUUGACAAUGACCUCGAGACGAUCACUACAAUCACUGGUGAGGUGGUACAACGGAGGCGCUCAGAUGGCAAGAAGGAGCCGAUCCGUAAUAUUGGUCAAUGGUGCGAGUGCUUCGUGCGCUAUGCGGUAACUCUUCAACUCUCUGAUAGAGGCCGUAAAGAGGUAGACUUCGGUACAUUGUUCUCUUAUUUGGCUCACGUCUGUGCUGCAUUUGAGGUCCACCCGUAUCAGGCAGUUAUACAGGCAGAGGCGAAGUAUCGACGGACCGGUGCCAUGGCGGUCGCUAGUGGAGUAAUAACGAUGGAGAAGUUGUUCGGUGAAGAGACUUAUCUUCGUCCAAGGUUGGACAUGGAGAUUGGCUCGGUACUCAACAAUCGAGACUAUUCCCCUGGUAAAGGCAAGGGUUUUGGCAAAGGGAAAGGGUUCUAA